AUGAAUUCCGACCGAUUCUUAGAGAGCAAACUACAGCCCCAUAAAGAUGUGCCAAACAUUGGUCUCUCUGUCUAUCUAUUGGGACGCCUAUUGCAACACAAAGACAAACAAUUGAUCGUAGACUGUCCGACGGGAUGUCUAUGGACUGGCAAAGAGAUACACGACGUGUGUCUAAGUUUGUCGGACGCCUUCAUCAAUAAGUUUGAUCUGAACGCUGGGGACACCGUCUGCUUCUGGUGUCCCAAUAGUGACGUUCACGCCAUCACCUUCUUAGCCACCAUAGCUUCCGGGGCUAUAUAUCUGGCAAUUGAUCCCAACUAUAGCUAUAAUGAUGUCUAUCGAGUGAUUAAAUUAAGUUCCGCUAAAUUCCUGAUCUGUUUGUCGGAUAAUACGAGUGAAGCGAUUCAUAUGAUGAAUGAUUUGCAGAGUUUGGAACGAUUGUUUAUAAUCGACGGCAACACAGACGCCGACCUCACGGACACAAAGAAUUGUCAUUUUCUGAUGCAAUUCAUGAGAUAUAAGUACAAACCGGAAGCAGAUUCGCUGACAAAGCCGGUGCCCAUACCUGUGCCCGUAUCUGCCAAUGAUUUGUGUGUAAUUCACUUCAUUAAGAACACCAAAGACGGAAUACCGGGUCAAUUGAUGCCAAUAAUCCGCACAAACGCUAAUCUAAUCCAUUCCUCUACACUAUUACAAGACUCGCAAGUAUUGCAGUUAACGAGCGAUGACUGUAUAGUCGGCCAACACUUCUCCAACUAUUUGGGAGUCGUUUUAUUUUGUCACUCAUUAGUAUCCGGGUCUCGGAUGGCGUUCACAAACAGUCACUUCAAUCGCCAAAAGACUUUACAAUAUAUACAGAAGUAUAACAUAACCACCGCUUCCGUGGAUUUGAACGAAAUUCUGUAUUUACUUCGAAAUGAUGUCGAAAUCAAGAAUAAUAGUAAACUAUACUACGAUUUCUCAUCCCUGAUCGACAUAUUACAUACCGGUUCACCACUUCCUCACGCGGACUGUGUCACAGAAGAAGUGUUUCGCAAAUUAUGUCCAAAACAUUUCAGAUCAAUAUACGGAAAGCCGGAAACAGGUAUCAUAUCGUGUGUCUGGAAAGGUGUGUCCACUUUCGACACAAACAAAUGCAUUUCGAGCUACUAUUCCGUGGGAUACCCCGUCCCUGGCGUACAGAUUAAGAUCAUUCACCCGCAGACAGAAAAGUCGCGAUCCGUUCACAAGUUGGGAGAGAUUUGUGUGAAAAGCGCACAAAUGGUGGAUAAGUCGAGGAAUGUGUCGAUUGUCACCCGAAACGCCUUCACAAUCGACGGCUUCUACAAGACAGGAGACGCCGGCUAUUAUGACACCGACGGCCAGCUGUAUGUCGAGUGCAGAGUCAAUGAACUCAUAUAUGAGAGCAAUAAUGCGGUCAACCCUUUGCCUAUUGAGUCCAUUCUUAGGCAACACUCGGCCGUCAAGGAGGCGGCCGUUAUAGGAGUUCCCAACGACACGUACGGACAGGUGUGCUGUGGGUUCGUCGAGUUGGAGCCCAAAGUGGCGGUCAGUGAACAGACAUUAAUAGAGUUGGUGUCAAAUAAGGGAAAGGAGUUGAGGGCUGGUAUCAGAUUCAUAGAGUCGAUGCCUAAGACUCUUCGCAAUCAAGUGAAUCGCAUGGCUUUGCGUGUGAUUUACGAUAACUUUCACACCUAUUCUCUCAUUGAAAUGCUAUGA